AUGGCGUGCAAUCCAUGUUGUUGUUUCAAUUUAAAGGACAGCGCCGUAAUGAUAGGCAUCUGGACGUUGGUGUAUUCGAUAGCGUCGCUGUUCUUGUUCGGUUGGCAGACUGGUGUACUGAACCAUUGUCGGACUGUCACAAUGUCUCAGGCGAACCUUCAGUGUGAAUGGGAUUGCCCGUGCGUAGGCGCUUCUACCGCCAGAACCACCAGAAUCAUUGAAGUUGGGAAGGAAAGGGUGUUCUCCAUAGCUCAACUGGGCAUCAUGGGUUGGCAGAUGGCGGCGAUUAAGUAUGAAAAAGACCGUGCUGCCAACACUCUCCUUCCUAACUAUAACACCUAUGGGAAAUACGACAUCCCGUCCUACUACGAAUCCUACUGGCAAAGUCCUGAGGAACGUUAUUAUACUGGUCUCUUCAUCAUUCAGAUCCUUUGCUUAAUCGCUGCUUUCUUUCUGUUGUUCGCCUCGGUAGCUUUAAUCUACGGAGUCCACACGUGGUCCCGUCAUCUAAUUUGGCCAUGGUUCAUCUGUAUAAUAUCUUCGAUCCUAUCUUCCCUCGCGUACUGCAUCAUGUGGUGGGCAGGAGAUGUCCGCGACUACUGGAUGGCCCUCACUAUCCUAGAAAUUAUAGCUGUUUUCAUCAAUGUAUACUGCGUAGUUGUUGUUUACAUGUUUAUGAAAAGACUUACUGCUACCACGGACGAGUACGAAGGCAAAGAUCCUCGAGUAAGGUACAAGGUCAAUCGUAAUGGCUACAUGAGAAAGAACCCGGACGAUUUCUCAUAUGAUAUUCACCGAACGACGCCAGAAAAAAUUAUGAAAAGCUCCUAUCCUAACUAUACAACUCCUAUUCAUCAGUCCGUACCACCGUACUCUCCGAGUGGUAUGCCGCAAACACCACUCCCAAUGCCACCAUCCCAAUAUCCAUCAGUUACUCCUUACCCUGUUGACGAUCAUGAGCAGCUGCACUACGACCGAGAACCGAAGACGCGAUUUGUUGAGAAAGAAGAUCCCGUUGCCCAUUGGGUGAAGGAUCAACAAAGAAUCGCGUUACUUUCAGAACGCGGCGAAGUAAACAGUGAGCCCGUCUCCCCGAGUAGAGAGGCGCGAAUGAAUUAUCCGCUGCAGCACUCGCGCUCAGUUCCUUCCCUUUACGAUGGGACCUUAGUUUCGCACCGAAGUUGUCGCCAUGGUAAACACAGGAGCUCUUCCCGGCAUCGGACGAAAAGCCGCCAAGUCCGUAAUUCUACGGAGUCAGACUCGCAAGAUGACUUCUCCAAUAACAGAAGAAGGAGAAGGAGAAGUAAAACACGCUACCCAGAAUCAGAAUUUACUGAAACGACAGAUCGUGAUCGAAUCUACAGAGAGGACAAAGAUCGACGGAGCAAAAGAAGUCACAACCACCAUCAUAAGGAGGAUAAAAGACGACGGAAAGACCGGGAAGAUGAGGAGCGUGGGCGACGAGGACGCGACAGAGACAGUCAUGUUUCCGAAAAAGAAAGGAGACGUGACAUCUGUGAUCUGGAUACCGACAGAAGGAAGACAAGGCACCGAGAAAGGAGAGAGGAACAAAGAGAUGGAGAGACACUGCGAAUGGAGGAACCAAAAAAAGAUUCUUCUUUCGAUGGAUUUGGUGAAAGAGGAUUUCCCCUAUCUGGUGGCAUCUCAAUUCCUCAACAUAUUGUGAUACCUCCUUCAACGGGAGAAAGAGGACCGGACGGUCUUCCUCUGCCUCAAAAAUUCCAAAUUAAUUCUGAGAUCACAAUAAAUUACGAUGGACACAACUCAUCUCCUUUUUUUGACUCGCAAGAUCCCUACAGAAGGAACUACCCGGCUGUAGGUGUGCAAUCGGACGUCUAG